GCAACUCGUCGACGCAGCCAACCAAAAAUUGGAUAUUUCGGACAUUCACGCCCGCACAGAGUAUGCAUUCAGUGUUCACCGCGGACGACUCCUCCGACACGUUUUGGGCUCUGUCGUCGCCGGCGGAGAUGAACCGGAGCGCGUCGGAGUGGGCCUUCGAGCAGUUCCUCGACGAGUUCACGACCCCGGCCGCCACUCCUCGCCAAUCGGUCGCCGAGCAAUUUCCCGUUUCGUCCGCCGCUUCCUGCUCCGUCGCGUCUCAGUCGUCGACGUCGAAGCGCGACGAUGUGGACGAAGAGGUAGUUGAGAUCAAGAAGCCCGAUCGUCAUCGCCAUCGUCAACUGCAACCUCCUCAGCAGCUCAAUCAUCCUCCGCCGGCGGCGUUGGAUCCAGCUCCGACGGCUCCGAUUAACUCGGACCAGUACCGCGAAUUUCUUAAGAACCAGCUCGAUCUGGCUUGCGCAGCAGUAGCUCUCUCUCGCGCAUCGUCUUUGACGCCUGUGGAUUUGGGUAAUCUGGCUGAGAAUCCGUCGCUGGUGUCGAAGCCUUCACAGUUAGCCCCGACUCGAUCGCUUGAUAAAGGUGCUGGUAAUGCUUUGCCAGUUCCACAAAAUGAAGCUGACACUAGCCCGCAUGGCGUUUCGGCUUUACCUGCUGCUCAGAGAAGAACUCCGGUACUGAGUAAGCAAACAACGAGUGGAUCAUCGAAAGAGGACUCGGAUGAUGAUGAUCUCGAAGGAGACAUUGAGAUUAAUGAGAAUAUGGAUCCCUCUGAUGUGAAACGUGCUAGGAGGAUGCUGUCCAAUCGAGAGUCCGCAAGACGCUCUAGAAGAAGAAAACAAGCCCAAAUGAGUGAACUUGAGACACAGGUUGGUCAGCUAAGGGUUGAACACUCUGGGCUGUUAAAACGUCUCACUGAUGUGAAUCAGAAAUAUGAUAAUGCUGCUGUUGACAACAGAAUAUUGAGAGCUGAUAUUGAAACGUUAAGAGCAAAGGUGAAAAUGGCAGAAGAAUCUGUGAAAAGAGUGACAGGGAUCAAUCCGCUACUUCUAGCCAUGUCAAAUGUAGCUAACGCAGGCAUGCCGCCCGUGAGCAACCCAAUGAAUGCAUCCACAAAUGCUGCUGUGCCAAUGCAACCAAACUCUAACCAGCUCUUUCAUCCGGGAGUUCCUAGUAUGACCACUACCCCUCUGCAUCACCAGAGAUUGGAGACUGGCUUUCACGCGAACUCCCCAAUCUCUCUAGUUGGGAACCGACAGGGUAAUGCGGGCCAACCAGUCAUCACUGGAAGCAACAUGGCUCACAACUCUUCAAUGCCGCACACAGGCAACAUAGAUCACAUGCCGCAGCAGCAGCAGCCACGGCCAGGAGUGGGUGAAGCAUUGCCAGGUUGGGACCCUCAGCUCCCUCACGCCGUCCCAAAGAAUAAGAAGUAGAACCGGAUGUAGGGGCCUUCCUAUUUUUCAGGAAAGGGGUAAAACGGCUGAUUGAAGUUAUGUGUUUAUUAGCGGGAUUAUACUUUGGCCUUUUGUUUUCGUUCAGUUUAAAUUUCAAUUCCGUCUUUGUUCCUGUUAGAAUUUGCCAUAAAUGAACUUUAUUUUUCUUGUUAAACACUGUGCCACAACCAUGUCGGAGUUAUACGAGAAUUACACAUCUUGGAACAA